UCGUUUAAUAUUAAACGUAAACUUUAGAUUCAAACGAUCAAUUGACAUAGUCGUGACAUUUUACACGAGCGUUUUAAACACAUUUAAUGCACAUGCUUUUAUUUUGCUAUAAAAUCUAACACUAUCAUGUCUAAACCUAAAUUAAAUUCGAAGAGUAAAAGAAUGACCUGUCGAAAACGUUUCAAGAUAGUAAAAAAGGUUGCCGAACAUAAUCGAAAAAAAAGAAAAGAAGCAAAACUUAAAUCAAACAGAAAACCAACAGAUCCUGGAAUUCCAAAUUCAUACCCAUUCAAAGAAAAACUUUUAAAGCAGAUAGAAGAACGCAAACAGCUUGAAAAGGAACAACUUGAAAAAGCAAAAAAGAAAAAAAAUGAUGUUAAUAGAAAGAGAAAACUAGAAGACUUACAAAAAGAUGCUGAGAGGCGUGCUGCACAAUAUGAAAAAAAACAGGCAAACAAACAAGAUGAAGACGAAGGUGCACAGCCACAGUCAAAAUCUAAAAAAACUUACAUGAAGGAGUUAAAAAAAGUUAUAGAAGCUGCAGAUGUUAUUAUUGAAGUGUUAGAUGCACGUGAUCCAAUGGGAUGUCGCUGUCCACAAAUUGAAGAAAUGGUUAUGGCAUCUGGACCCAAUAAAAAAUUAAUACUAUUACUCAAUAAAAUUGAUUUAGUUCCAAAAGAUAUCGUAGAAAAAUGGUUAAAAUAUUUACGUAACACAUUACCAGCUGUUGCAUUCAAAGCAUCCACGCAAGACCAGAAAAGCAAAUUGGGCCAAUCCAAAGUUCCUAUUGAUCUUGCUUCACAAGAGCUGUUACAAAGCAGCAGUUGUCUAGGUGCUAGUACAUUGCUAAAGCUGUUAGCAAACUAUUGUAGGAAUUCUGGUAUCAAAACAAGCAUAACUGUUGGAAUUGUUGGUCUGCCAAAUGUGGGCAAAAGUAGUGUUAUAAAUAGUUUAAGGAGGUCAAAAGCAUGCUUGGUGGGUUCAACCCCUGGGCUGACUAAAAGUAUGCAAGAGGUUCAACUUGAUAAGUAUGUUAAAUUGCUUGAUUGCCCAGGUGUAGUAAUGGGAUCAAGCUCUACAGAUAUGCAAGUUAUUUUAAGAAAUGUUGUCAAGGUUGAACAAAUCCUUGACCCAAUAAAACCAGUUGAAGCUAUUCUUAGUAGAUGUGAAAAGACAAUGAUAAUGCAAAAGUAUUGUGUAGCUGAUUAUUCUGAUGCUCAUGAAUUUUUAGUUUUGUUUGCAAAAAGAUUAGGAAAACUAAAAAAGGGUGGUGUUGCAGAUGUUCAUGCUUCCGCAAAAGUUUUGUUACAAGAUUGGAAUAGUGGAAAAAUAACAUUUUACACACAUCCGCCAAUAGAUCAAAUCAAUACAGAACAUUCAUCUUCAACAAUACAACAAUAUUGGGGCGCUGAAUUUGAUUUAAAAGCUCUUGAAGAAGAGGAGAAGUUAGACUUAAAUAGUCUUGUGCAGAAUAUGGAAUUUGCUCUUGUGUUGGACCCUGGUAAACCAACUGCGAUGGACGAAGUUAAAGAUGAAGACAGUGAAGAUGAAAAUAAAGACACUGAGGAUUGCGAAAAAAUGGAAGAUGAUGUUGAUGAGUCAAGCAAAAUUACACAGCAGCAAGUUGUUAUUAUUAAACCCAAAAAAAAGAAAGUGUCGUUUAACGAUAAUCAGUCAAAGAAAAGUGAUACUGAUGAUACCAAUGAUCACAAUAAACAGUUAAAUAAGCAAAUGAAGAAUCUUAUAAAAUCAAAAAAACGAGAAUUGAGAAAAAUGAAAAACAAGAAGCAAGUAAGCACAACCAGCAUUUCGGAAUCUGAACAAUAUGAUUUUAAUGUUUUGUGAUAAAAAAUAAUUAAAAAUACUCUUCAUGCUGUCGUGUUAAUAAAUAAUUUUUUUGAAAAAUAUACGAAAUUAUUCAA